CACCCCACGUCGGCGCCGUCACCCUGGCCACCGCAACCGCUGCAGCUCGGGCGCCAUGAUCACGCUCACGCCCCUCUCGGUGCCGUGGGCACCCGCGCAGGCGGGCAGCGCCAGCCUUACGCUCGGCGACGCCGCGGCCGGCGCCGAGGUCGAGCGGCCAAAGGCCCUGGCGUACCUGCUCGACAUCGACGACGUGCGCAUCCUCCUUGGCGCCGGCGCACCUGAGAGCCUCAUCUUUGAGCUCUCGCGCAUCUCUGCGGUGCAGGCGCAGGAGAAGGCGCAGGAGGCAGAGGCAUCCGGCAGCUCGCCGCCCGUCAAGCAGGAGCGCGAGGAGGAGCCCGAGGAGCAGGCGCCGCGCCUCGAGGGCGAAGAGCUGGCCCGGCGCGCUCAGGGCGAGGGCCUGGAUACGCUGCUGCUCGAGAUCGCGCCCUCGAUUGAUCUCGUGCUGCUCUGCCACUCGACUCUCUCGCACAUCGGUCUCUACGCCUGGGCAUGGGCUCGUCUCGGCUUGCGGUGUCCCGCCUUUGCUUCGCUGCCCACGGCAACGAUGGGCCGCCUGACGACCCUCGAAGCGGCCGACGGCUGGCGCGAUGAGAUGGAGGCGACGGACGCGAGCCCACUGCCCGGUGGCUGGCAGCGCUGCGUGCCGACGCGGCAGGAGGUCGACGAGGCAUUUGAGUCGGUGCGCACUGUGCGGUAUCUGCAGCCGACGCAGCUUGAUGGCAAGUGCGCGGGAGUCAUCCUCACGGCAUACGCCGCCGGCCACAGUCUCGGCGGCACGCUCUGGAAAAUCCGCUCGCCGACUGCUGGUACACUGCUGCUGGCGCUCGACUGGAACCAUAUGCGCGAGCGGCACCUGGAUGGCACCGCUCUGAUUGCCUCGCCAUCAGCCGGCGCAGGCGCGCCACCGCCGGGCAGCAGCAGCGCAGGUGCACUGGAUGCGGUGCGCCGUGCCGAUGUGCUCGUCACGGAUGUUGAACGCAGUCUGGUGGUCAACGCGCGUCGAAAGGACAGAGAUGCAGCAUUGCUAGACAUCGUGCACAACACAAUCCGCGCGGGCCACUCCGUACUGCUGCCCGUCGACGCAUCAGCACGCCUGCUCGAGCUCCUGGUGCUGCUCGAUGCCCACUGGGCAUUCGCAUACCCGCACGCGCGCUUCCCGCUGUGUCUCGUGUCGCGGACAGGCAAGGAGCUGCUCGAGCGUGCCCGUGCACUCAUGGAGUGGACCACCAAGUCGUGGGCCACGCAGGCUGGCGAGCAGGUGGAUGAGGGACGCGGACGGAGAGGCGACCGCAAUGCGCAGCCGUCGAACCCACUCGAGUUCAAAUACCUGCGCAUCUUCUCCUCCCUGGCGGCACUGGACGAGGCCGUGCCGCAAGAUGCGCCCAAGGUCGUGCUUGCCGUGCCACUCUCCGCGACGCAUGGUCCGGCCCGCGUGCUGCUGGCACGAGCAGCCAAGAGUCCUGGUGACGCCGUCAUCCUGACGCAGCGCGGCGAUCCGGGCUCGCUGUCGCGCUGGCUGUACGACCAGUGGGAGACGCUGCAGGAGGCCAAUGCUAAGUUCGGAAAGGCUAGCGUGGGCAAGGACGUGGUCAUUGGCCAGAGCUGUGACAUUCAGCUGCACCUGCGCGUGCCCUUGGAAGGCGAAGAGCUCGCCAAGCACAACGAGGCAGAGCGGCUAGCAGCAGAGCGCGCCGCCACGCAGCAGGCACUGCGCGCUCGCACACGGCGACGACUCGAGGCCGAUGAGGAGGCCGAUGAGAGUGACUCGGACGACUCGGACGCCUCGUCUGCUGCCGGCGACGAGGGUGCUGGUGAGGCGGCCGACACGUACGCCGAGCCCGGCUCUGGACGCAAGCGCAAGCGCGAGGGCGCCGGCGCCAUGGGCGGCGAGACGGCAGAAGGAGCGCAAGGCGGCGGCUCGGACCUCUCCUUUGACGUGUACCUCCGCGGUGCAGCAGGCCGUGCCACGACGUUCUUUGGUGCCGGCGCAUCCGGUGGCGCCAACAACGCUGGGCGGCACGGCACCGGCGUGCGGUAUCGCAUGUUCCCGUUCAUCGAGCGCAAGCGGCGCGUGGACGCGUACGGCGAGACGAUCGACGUGGCUCGCUGGCUCUCGCGCCGGCGCGAGAUCGAGGCGAGCCGACCAGACGGCGACGGACUGCCAGCGGCAGAACGAGCCGAGACGGCCGAGGCGCGGCAACGACGACUCGAGAAGGAGGAGAAGGAGAAGGAGGGCCCGAAGGCGCCGCCAAGCAAGAUCGUCACGCACAUCGAGCAUCUCAGCAUGUCGUGCCGCGUGGCCUUCAUCGACAUGUCUGGCCUGGCCGACGGCCGUGCGCUCAAGACGCUCCUGCCUCAGCUCCUGCCACGACGCUUGCUGCUCGUCGGCGGCGCACAGGCGGCGCGCAACGAUGCUCUCAAGGCCUUCGCCGCCGUGCGCGGCAUGACGGCGGACAUCUACGCGCCGGCGCUGGGCGAAGUCACUCGCAUCGGCGAGCUGACGAACGCCUACACGCUGCACCUGGGCGAGGGCCUCAUGGGCUCGUUGCGCCUGUCGGCGUUCGAGGACUACGAGGUGGCGCACCUGCGUGCCACGGUGCGCUACGCCGCCGAGAGCGCCGUGCCGACGCUGGAGCCGCUGGCACCUGCGUUGGCGCCCCUCGAGGCCGUCGCACAGGACGCGGCAGCCGACGGUGCGGUCGUCAAGUCGAAGCGAGAGCGCCCGGCGAGCGACCUGGCGCCGACGCUCUUCAUCGGCGACCUGCAUCUCUCGACGCUCAAGGCGGCGCUGGCGACGCAUCACCGCAUGGCCUCGGAGUUCGCCGGCGAGGGCUCGCUCGUGUGCGGCACGUCUGCGACGACACAGAGCAAGGCGGCCGCCCCGCCCGGCGUCACGGUGCGCAAGGAGAGCGAGGGCACCGUCGUCAUCGAGGGCAACGUCGGGCGCUCCUUCUACGCCGUGCGCGCCGCCGUGUACGGCAUGCAUGCGCGUGUCGAGGGUGCUUGAGGAGACGUGUGCAAUAGUCAUCCAUGUAUCACCAC